AUGGAAUCAUCUCGCUUCAACUCAAACGGCGAACGUGACGGAUAUGCGAUGACGGAGGAGAAUCCGGCGGUGAUGUAUCAACGAGCUGCGUCUCAGUUCCAACCCGACACUCAUGACAAAGCUCUCGACGAACAGCUGUUUCGAUUCCCCAAUGAUGGUAAUCUCCAAACCCUAGAAUCCUCUUUUGCUAUGCUCUCCCUUGGUCAGCAGAAUCCGUUACCCGACAACGGUUGGACCAAUCGGUCGUCAAAUCAAGGGAUCAAUGGCGGCGGAUAUGUUGGUGGUGGUUGGUCUCUUCCUCCUCCUCCUCCUCCUCCUCCUCAGCGUGAAACAGAUUUUCAACAGAUGAUGAGGAUGAAUCACUACUUGCAAAGUAGUGGUGUUCCUAAUUACUUGUCAAGAGGUCGCAACAAUGGGUUUGGUUUCGUGAACCAGGCGUCUCUGUCUCAGAUGGGACCCAUUGCUUUGAUUGCUAGGGAUCCAGAGUCAAGCCUUUUGUUGCAGAAGAAGAUCGAUGAAUGUUCCACGGAGACCAUUGAUGUGAUCUUCAAGGGCGUUAUCUCUAGCAUCCAUGAGUUGAUGGUAGACCAUACUGCUUCUCAAGUCCUUCAGAAGCUUAUGUACAAGUGUAGCUCUCAACAGAUCACUGAGAUUGUCGAUGAGAUCACUCAACACCAGUUUGGAUUUGUUAAAUUGUGCAUUGAUCCUGUCGGGACCCGUUUGAUACAGUUGCUGUUGAGGUUUCUUCGUUCUGAAGAACAAAUUCUGCGAGUAGUCCGAGCUGUAAGCAUGGGGGCACUUACAUUUUUUAGGAACAACGGGGCUAAACAUGUGAUUAUGCAAUGCUUGAACCAGUUUCCUCUCUCGCUGAAUCGGAAUCUUAUUGAAGUCUUAGCUCAGAACUGUGUCGAGUUAGCAAUUGAUCAACAUGGUUGCUGCAUGGUUCAGCAAUGUCUUGGUACUGGUUGUGAGGUGCUAAAGUCACGAUUGCUUUGUGAGAUAAUAGCUAAUGCUUUGAGACUCUGCGAGAACAACUUCGGAAACUACGUGGUGCAGUAUGUAAUCGAGCUGAAUGAUCCAAACGUAACCAUUGCGCUCGUGCAACAGCUGCACAGGAACUACGCGCGCCUCUCCCGUAACAAAUAUGGAAGUCAUGUUGUGCAGAAGUUAUUGAAAAUACAGUAUAUCAACCAUACCAUGAUC